AGUGAAGAUCGACCGCGAGAGUUAAGUGUAGCACAUAAAGUAAAACAUGAUGACCUUACGCAUUAAAUUCUUGUUGGUAGCUUUCGUGUUGUUGCAUCAAGUACAGAAUGUCGAGUUAAAGAAUGUUUCGGAGCAUUUUCGAGAGUAUUUAUGGACAACCGGUCCUUGGGAGGAAUGUUAUAGCGAAACGAAUUGUGGAUACGGAGAAAGAAAGAGAAACGUGUGGUGCGUAGAAGUUAAUGGUUAUCAAUCUCUAGAAAGAAAAUGUGACAACGAAAAAAAGCCAGUGGAAAGAGAACUUUGUUUUAAAGUUUGCCAAAAAUAUAAAAAUUCCGUCAGGUGGAAGAUUGGAAAGUGGAGCGAUUGUCUGUCGUCUAACAGCUCUAGAUAUUGCGAAGAGGGUCCAGGGAGGAAGACUAGAAAAGUGGUUUGCAUUCACAAGAGUAGACACGAAGGAAAGUAUCUAGGAACUCUUCCAGACGAAGUUUGUUCUUCUUUCUAUCUAAAGCCAAUAACAGAAAAAAGAUGCAUCACGAGAUGCCCUCAAAACUGUGUUGUUUCGGCAUUCGGAGAAUGGUCAGAAUGCAAAGUGUGUGGUUCGGUCAAUCGCACUAGAAUUAGGACUGUGUUGGUGGCUCCAGAAGAGGGAGGCCGAUUUUGUCCUCCUCUGAUUCAAUCGGAACCAUGCGAACACCGAAGAGAAUGCUUAAAACAAGUAGGUUCCGAUCGAGAAUAUUCUCUGAAAUUAGGCAGAUGGAGUGCCUGCCUUUCCAAGACAAGUGAAAACAGAAACUCUUCUUCAAAUGUGCCGAGGGUAGGAUUUAGAACAAGAAACGUAUCUUGUAUCGAUGGCUUUGGACAGGACGUCCAUUUGAGGUAAAUUCUUAUUAAUCAUUUUAA